AUGAAAUUUGGCUCGGAGCCGGAAUUCAGCGCACGCAUAACCCAGCUUGCCGCGCUCAACGAGGCCCUGGACCUGUUCCAAUCAAGAGGGUACAAUGGAGUCGACACGGCCUGCGCGUACGUCCGCGGACACCAGGAAGCGUUCACCCGCGAGGCCGGGUGGAAAAAAAGAGGACUCGUGCUCGCGGCAAAGGUCAAGUCGCCGAGCAAUCUCGGCGACAACUGUGCGGAAAAGAUCCUGGCAUCGGUAGAGACUAGUCUCGCAGAGCUGGGCACCGAUUUUGUUGAUCCUGGAAACUGCCCCGGCCCUUUGGGGAAAAGGGGGAAAGACAGAAGUUCGGCCAGUUCGGCGUCGGCAACUUCACGGCCUUUUGAGCUGGCAGAAGUCGUCACGAUGUGCAAAUACAACGGCUGGGUACGCCCGACCAUCUACCAGGGCAUGUGCAACAUCAUCACGCGCAAGAUCGACACGGAGGUCUUCGCGGCCUGCCGUAGAUACGGGCUCGACAUUGUUACGUACAACUCCGUCGGCGGGGGGUUCUUCUCCGGCAAGAUCAAGCAGGGCGUCACUCCGGAAGACGGCCGCUUCUCCGACUUGACCAAGGCGGGCCCACGGUAUCGCAAGCGGUACUACCGCGAUGGUGUGUUCCAGGCACUGCGGCUUGUGGAGGGCGUCGCGGAGAAGCACGGCCUGGGUAUGAUUGAGACGGCUCUGCGGUGGCUACUGCACCAUUCGGAACUUCGCGUCGUGAAUGGCAAUGACGGCGUCCUUGUUGGCGCUGCGAGCGUGGCACAGCUCAAGAGUAACCUGGACUGUCUUGAGAAAGGUCUCCUGCCAGAGGACGUCGUUGAAGCGGCGGAGCAGGCGUGGCAGAUUGCCAAGGGCGACUCGGCGGACUAUGACACGAUUGACGCGCUCUUUGGGGCCGGUCGAUGA